AUGCGAGCAGACAUCGCCCCCACUCGCUGGAACGGUAACGACCUCAGUGACGCCUUCAUCCAGGGUAGCAUUGAGACCGUAUCUAGCGACGACGAUGAUGAGGAGGACCAUGGGAGGCCUACACCGGACAUCACACCGUCGCCACGAAUCGAAGAAAUUGAAGAUGUACGGGAUUCUCAAGCAGAGGGAGAAGUUUCUACUAACUCCCCAGAGAACACGAAUGACAGUGGAGAUUCGGGACCAAGUGGCCCAAAUGUAUGCCAAAGUGAACCGGAAUCUCCGCCAGGCCUUCGCGAAGCUAGAGAGACUCUUGAUACCUCAAGUGGUGAGGAAACAACAAACCAAGGGACGGUACCUGAGGUUGGUAUUCAACAACCUAUCAUACCUGCACCUACCCCUGACCCUCCUGACCGCACUAAACGACGUCUUAUACCUCAAACCGCCACCUAUCCCAGGAGAACAAACUGGAGAGCCACACCAAAAGUUUGCGUUGUUUCUCUGCUUUCUCUGCUUUCUCCAUGGAGAUUUUUUCGGAGAGUGACAUCAACUGUUUGCUCUACCAUCUCUGCCUUCCCAGUGGCCAAAUGA